ACCGGCUGCUCCUGUUUCAACGAUACAUUUGGAAGGAGUUUGUUUUGCGUCUCGACAUUUUUGAGGAAGAUCCCAGAUGAGAUCCCUCAAGAUAUCAAAAAAAUCAGAAUCGAAAAUUCUCUGCUAACCGAAUUGUUUCGUGGCACCUUCUCUAAUGUUAGCACCUUGGAAUACCUCUGGCUUAAUUUUAAUAACAUCACGGUGAUGGAUCUAAGAAGUCUUGAGGACUUGAAGGAGCUGAAGGAGCUGAGAAUUCAGGGGAACCGGCUGCGUUCAGUACCAUGGACAGCGUUCCGAGAGACACCCGUUCUAGAAAUUCUUGAUCUCAAAUGCAACGAGAUUGAUGUCCUACCAGAGCAUGCUUUACGCUACCUUUUGAGGCUGACCUACUUAGACUUAUCUUGCAAUGAGCUUACUGUCAUCUCCAAAGAAGUGUUCUAUAAUUGGCCUGUCUACCAAAAACUCCAGCGGCUGGAGAAGAAAGCAGAAACCGUUUCUGGUACCGUCUUGUCUUUGCAUGAUAACCCGUGGAUUUGUGACUGCCGUCUGCGAGGGUUUGUCCAGUUCAUCAAUUCUAUAGGCCCGCCCAUGGUUCUCAUAAAUUCCUAUUUAACGUGCUCAAGUCCUAAAUCUAGGGCAGGCAAAUACUUCCAUGAAGUGGAGCUGAACAGCUGCAGGAGACCUUCUGUGACAUCUUCCAAACCAAACAUUACUGUGUUUCUUGGAGAAAAUUCAACGUUGACUUGUUUGGUAAAAGCUAACCCUUCUCCAAAAAUUUGGUGGAACUAUCCAUUAAAACACUUGCGGGGGUUUAAUGUUUCUAAUACUCACGUGAGCGAAGAGUCUUUCGAAUCAGAACUGGUGAUUCCUUCGGCCCAUCUUAUGGAUGAGGGGAAUUAUACAUGUACGGCUGCCAACUUCCUUGGCAACGCCUCGGCUACCACAGCGCUGGAUAUUCUAGCUCCUGAACUGGCGACGUCCUCUUAUUCUUCCUCCAUCGUAGACGAGGCGGCCUACAUUGAUGUACAGAUUGCCAAGCAGACAGUCUACGGGAUUACUCUGGAAUGGCACACCUUGACUGAAAAUCCGAAAGAAAGAUGGCAUACCCUCCAUUUUGGCAAAUACGACGAUGCUAAGAAAGACACCGUUUAUAUUGGGCCCGGGAUCAAUACGUACGCCAUUAAUGAUUUGCUCCCAGCUACCAAGUACGAAGUGUGCGUAAGUCUGAGGAAGCAGGUGCCCCCAAAGAGCCAGUGCAUUGUGUUUGUGACAGGAAGUGACGUCAGUGAACUGGAACAGAGGGGGGAGAUGAUCCAUAUCAUCGUGGUUAUAUGUGCCAUGGUGUUGGUGGUCCCUGCCGGGAUGUACCUGUGCACCUCGGAGGCCAGCUGCAACUGCAAAGAGAAAUGGGCCAGCUGCUGUAUCAAGAAAAGGGGCACGAACAUCCAAAGCGCUCAUACGAAAAGCAAAUUUGAUAGUUUGCCAGGAGGCAGUGAAGAGGGACUGUGCCGCCGAGACUCCAGCGAUGACCAGAUGGAGAGGAAGGAAAGCAAGGAGAAGGAGAAAGCAAAGAAGCAGACAGCUGAGGGUCAAAGCAGUGCUGAUCUCUAUUAG